AUGCCCUCCACUCAUAUUCGGCCCAAGAUUCGCAAAACAAAUGCCAAAGCGACUAAAAGCACCAGCACAAAACCACCCCCAGCAAAUGACGAUGAUUCGGUAGAUGCCCUGGAACGCAAAAUGGGAUCGUGGAUUGGCCUUUCCUCAGAGGAUGACAAAGCUACCAGUUCAUCGAUUGAGCCAGAUGUUGAAUCAACUACAUCUACAAUUACAACAUCAAAAGCAGCCACGACAAUUGUCUCCACUUCUUCGUCAGAACCUGCAGCAGUACCGCCUGACGCAACCCAAACACAAACGAUACAAGCAACAUCAUCCACGACGAAACCAUUGGGCAUACUGAAGAAACCAAAAUAUUCCUCCACCGGGACAACAGAUUCCCAAUCGCAAGUCACCAAAGGCGACAAAACGAAUAAUCUUCGGAAUAAUAAGAAAGCAGCAACCGGAGUAGUCUGCGAACCGUUUGUGGUGGAACGAGAUCCCUUUCAGAAACCCCCAAUGCGCAAGACCCGUCCCAAGGACAAUACGGCAAAUUAUGCUACCAUUGAGGGAUAUGAACCAUCCCAAAGUACUCCUCAGUCAGCAGUAUCCUUUGCACCAGGCGAUGGUGCCAGCACAGACCAGGAGAUGCAAGGAAAGGGUAGUACGCAACCAAUUGAAACGUCAUCACCAGCAAAUACUACUACAAAUGCUGAGGAGGAAGAGAUGGAAGAACCAAUUGUCUUGUCGUCCUUAGAGGAACUCUUUGAAGCUGCCGGCAAUGAACUGCCUGCUGAUCGCACCAAAGUGACUCCUGAUGCCAAGCUGGUCGAGGCCGAUUUGGCCUUUUCCGUCAUGACCCAAGAACAAUAUGGCGAAAAAGUGACGGAAAUGAAACGCGAGCUAGCCCAAGAACAACAGGACAUGUACCGUAUGUUUAUGGGAAACGAAGAUGUGUUUGAUGAUGGUGACAGUACUAGUGGUAGGGAAGAAAGCGACGAGGAUUCCGAAGGAGAAGAAGAGUUCGCGAAUUUUCUCAUGGAACAAGAAAUGGGGGAUGCGGACGGUGACGAUUAUUAUCAAGAUGACGACGAAGAGGGCAACGCUAAUAAUGCGCAUACAUCCACGCCUCGCGCCUUUGCACUGAUAUGGGGUGCUCUUGCGCGGUGGUGGACCCCGGAAGCAGUCGAAUGGAUGGCCCGAUUGGAACGACCAUCAUCGACCGAGACCCCACUCUAUGGCAACAAUUGGUCCCCCCAAGUAGACCGCAGCGACAUUGGAGCCUCCCGGUGCGCCGGAUUAAUGGCCAUGGUCAAAAUGUACUUGCCAUCGAGCAUGCACGAACUGGGGUUCCAGCAAGAAUUGCAACGGACGGCCGAGAGUCGGAUUGCCGAUUGGUUGCGAACCUUUGACUAUUCGUCCGAGGCCCCCAAGUUGCCCGUCAAAAUGUGGAAGGCAAUUAGUUGCAUGUUGUUGGACAUGGUCUUGGUGGAGAGUCGUAAGACGGUAGUAGAGAAACUACCGCCGUCGGUCGCCGCCGUGGGCAUGUCCUUGGAGGAGUACAAGUACCUAACUCGAUCGGCAGUACAGGCCUUUCAACCACCAUAG